AUGUUCGGGUGCCGCACGGAGGCUGCGGGAGCUCCGGGGUGGGAGCAGUGCCAGGGCAGCAUGCGAAGCCCGAGCCUCGUCGCCCUGCUCUCUGCCCUGUCGCUGGCUGGAGGAUCUACCGACAGUGACUCUGAAAAUGGUGGAUCAGGAGAUGGAUCACCAAUGUUGCCCACUGUUCCAGUAACACUUCCUCCUGCUACGGGUUCUCCGACCACGAAUGACCAUGAGCAAGUAUUUGACACUGCAAGCACUACUGAAAGCAGCUUUGAAACAAGAAGUGCUCCAAGUACUGAACUGAAUGCUGUGGACAAUGAGGACAGCCUAGAAGCAGCAGAGCAGUCUAUCUUGAUGUAUGUUGUCCCUGUUGUGCUGCUGGUCCUGCUGAUUUUGCUGAUCAUAUUUUUUGUCAUACAUCAUAAAAGGAGAAAGUCUAAGCAAGAUGAGCUGGGAAGUGAAAAUGUGAAAAGUCCUAUUUUUGAAGAAGACACACCCUCUGUUAUGGAGAUAGAAAUGGAAGAGCUUGAUAAAUGGAUGAACAGCAUGAACAAAAAUGCUGACUGUGAAUGUUUGCCUACUGUAAGAGAAGAAGAGAAAGAAUCAAUUGCCAACCCAAG